CUGAAGCAUUUGAAAUUCGAGCAGUCAACUUCAGCCUGGAAUAGCAGGCAUCCUGAAAGCCCAGAUAGCUCACUACCUUGGUUUUGGACAGGCGGCCACAGGGCGAGCUGUCUCACGGAACUACUUGAAGUACUAUUGCCAGCCGAACAGCUGGGCUAUGAUCCGCUGUGAUCCCAGAACAGACACCAGAAGAGGCUUUGAAUCGUCUGCGUGACACACCACUGAACAGCGUGAACAGCUUUGGCUUGAAGUGAGGCGGUUUGAAGAUGGGGGAUUUCGACGAGUACGAUUAUCUCGAGAAGACCGUGGAACGCGCAGCAGCAGGCGAGGACGGCUACGCCACUGGUCGCGUCAUGAACGGUGGGCGUUCGCGACGGCCGACGGAGUUCGACGACGACGCUCGCCAACGACGUCGCACGGGGUCCAAGCGACGGUCCACGAACUAUGGCGAUGGCGACGGCUACGACGACGACGAAAACGACGGCGGCGGCCCGUAUGGCGACGAGGAGAACGGAGACGUCGGCGACGAGGAGCUGGACGAUCGCAGCAAGCGCGUGCGACGCUACGAGGAGCCGAGAUCGCACAGUCGCGAUGGCGAGAGAAGCCACAGAAGCUGGGAGCGCGGCCGAGAGAGGGAUGGCGACCGCGAUGUCGAUCGGAAGCGGGACCGCUACUAUCGGAGCAGGGACGACGAGCGCGAACGGGAUUACUACCGUGGUGACCACUACAGUAGCCGCGGAAGGGAUCGAGGGGAUCGCGACCUGAGACGAGAUUACUAUGAGGGGGACCGGCGCCGCGACCGUGAUCCGGACUACUACGACCGACGGAGCUUCCGCGAGCGGCGGGAGAGGCGUGAGAAGGAGGCGGAGAUCGAGCCUGAUCCAGACAGAGACCUUCGCACUGUGUUUGCCUACCAGAUCAACCUGAAGGCGGACGAGCGCGAUGUGUACGAGUUCUUCUCGCAGGCGGGCAAGGUGCGUGACGUGCGCCUCAUCACGGACCGCCACUCGCGCCGCUCCAAGGGCGUGGGGUACGUCGAGUUCUACGACCCCAUGGCCGUGCCCAUGGCGCUCGCGCUCUCGGGCCAGCUGAUCCUCGGCACGCCUGUCAUGGUGAAGCCGUCUGAGGCCGAGAAGAAUCUGGCGGCGGCGCAGAGCGCUGCCAGUGCUGCUGCUGCUGGGGGCGGGGCACUGCUCGCGACUGGGUCGAAGAGGCUGCACGUGGGGAACCUGCAUGUGAACAUGAAUGAGGAGCAGCUGCGGCAGGUGUUUGAGCCGUUUGGAGAGCUGGAGCUGGUCCAGGUUCCCAUGGAUCCAGGCGCCGCUCAGUGCCAUGGAUUCGGCUUCGUGCAGUACGCACGCCUAGAAGACGCCCGCAUGGCGCACCAGAACCUGGAAGGGCUCGAGCUGGCAGGCCUCGCAAUCAAGAUCACCCCUGUGCCCGAGCUGGCAGAGCAGGUCAACCCAGUGGCCCCAGGGGAGCUCACAGACGAAGGAGGCGGUCUGGGCCUUGACGCACAGGCCAGGGCAGCACUCAUGAUGAAGCUAGACCGCACAGGCACUAGUGCUGCUGCAGUUUCCUCAGUACUCCCAGCAGCAGCAGCAGCAGCAGCAGCAGGGCCGGGGGCAGGCGUUCGUGCUGUGAACCCUCUCGCAGCAAUGGCUCUGCGCCCUGGCGUCCUCCCUACCACGACAGCUGUCCCAGCAGCAGCAGCAACAGCAGCAGCACCUGCAGUGGAUAUUGGCACGCCCAGCGAGUUCGUGCUGCUGACUAACAUGUUUGACUCUUCUGAGCAGAUUGACGACGAGUUUGAGCAAGACGUGCAGGACGACGUGUUUGAGGAGUGCUCCAAGUUCGGCACGGUCAAGAAAGUAAAAGUCCACAGGGCCAGCGAGGGUCACGUGUACGUGCAGUUUGAAACAGUGGCAGCAGCAUCAGCGGCGCGCAUGGCACUGCACAACCGGUACUUCGGUGGCAAGCCCAUCAGUGCCACUUUUGUGGAAGCAUCUAAGGCCAAGUUUGGUGUUAAUGGGCAGGAAAUCCCCACUUCAACUCACGCGCCAGUGAUUGUGAUGUAAAUGACGUAGGGCGUAGCUUCUUUUCAGUGUUAUUUUUCAGUGUUCUAUGUCACCAAGUCUGGGAAGCAUGAUUUGGAGUUAUGUAUUUUGAAAUUCUAGAUGCGUUAAGGGAAACGAUUUUUCUGUAACAAC